AAAGAAAACUAGGAGGGGAAAAAUAAAAGUAAAUGUUAUAAAAUGAAAAGCAUAUGGAAGGAAUACCAAUUUCGUGUAUAUGUGAAUUUGUCUACGUAUGUACGUAUGCAUCUAUAUCGUAUGUAUGCAUACAUGUAACGGCGUAUAAGUGAAACAUAUGCAAUUUGCUAACAUUUGCACUGAUUUCUGUUUUGCCAAAUAUAUAUAUAUAUAAAAAUCGAGGAAGAAGAAUAACAAAUAAAUGUGAACGAAAUUAAAGUGAAGUGUAAGGCAAUGGCAUAUAAGUGUUAGGAAAAUACAAAAUACGUCACACAUAGAUACUUACUUGCAUGAUUUUGCCAUCAAUGUUGAAAGUUUCAGAUAAAAUAUGAUUAUCGAGUAAAGGCGAAGGAAUUGUUACAUUCGCUUUCGAUCUCCUUCUUUUCAAUGUAUGCUGCAGUUGCCCAUAUGCAUAGACGUACAUAGAAGCAAAAGUGUUAUGCGAGAUUACGUAUAAGAAGCAAGAAAGGAAAACACUCUCAAAAUAUUUUAUUUAUGAAAUCAAGUGUGAUCGUUAAAAAUCAGAAACAAAAGAGGUCAGCAAAGGUCAUUAUUAUCUAUAUAUUAAAGCGAAAAGCUUUAAAAACCUUCGACGGCAACUAAGACGAGAUAUUCGGGAGUAACACAAAACUGAAAACACAACAUAUAACAAAAACUCACCAAAUAUGGCUUUGCUUAACGCAUUGAGAAAUUGUAUCAACCUAAUACCCAUGGGAUUAAUUGUGCUGACCGCAAUGCUGGAAUACACACAAGCCCGCAUUGGAUAUUUUUGGCACAUAACCGAUCUACACUUGGAUACAAUAUAUUCGACACAAGGGGAUGUAAUGAGAAGUUGUUGGCACAUCGAAAGACAAACACCCAGCUCAUCCGCUCACUUACCGGGUCGUUAUGGUGAUUACCUCUGUGAUAGUCCUUGGAGCCUAAUUGAGUCUGCUGCCGAAGCAAUGAAAUCACGACAGGGUGAUAAUGUCGAGUUUGUCCUAUGGACAGGGGAUGGUCUGUCGCAUUCGGCACAUCCAAUGUCUGAAUUGAAAAAACUGGAAAUCUUGCGCAACAUUACCGAUUUGUUAGGAAGAACGUUUUCAUCACAAUUUGUAUUUCCGGUAUUGGGACAUGAAGAUGGCACAACAACGAAUUUCCGGCAUAUGGGCGAAUUGUGGCGUCAUUGGCUGCCGACCGAAGCGUUGUAUACAUUUGAAAAAGGUGGUUAUUAUUCCAUUGAACAAACUAAGAGCCGUCUCCGCAUAAUAGCAUUGAAUACAAAUUUCAUGAGACACGAUCCCAAAUAUUCACAAAGUCAUUUGGCAGCAGUCAGACAGCGCAUGCCAACGAAUGGCGGUCCUGGCGUUGGUGGGGGUGCGGGUGCCGGAGCUGCCGAAUCAACAGAAUAUAAAAAUUAUUAUUAUCAUCAUGGCAAUCUGCAUCAGCAUCAUGGACAUGCCAGCGAUUGGACAUCGCCUCACAGCUACGGCUAUAAUGGCCAUCAUAGAGGCAUAAGUGUUAUGCCUGGCGGUGGUAUCAGUAUCGGCAUGGGUAGCAUUGUGGACGGUGCUCGUGUAAGCGCCCUGUCCGAAUAUGAAAAUCAAGAUACUGAAAAACAAUGGCUUUGGCUCGAAGAUGUUUUAUCCAAAUCGAAAAUCAGCAAAGAAACGGUUUAUAUUGUUGGCCACAUACCACCGGGUUCCGAUGAACGCCACAUUGGUUUACAACAAAAUGGCCACACAACGUUCACCGAAAGUAACAAUAAACGUUAUCUGGAAUUGGUACGAAAAUAUUCAUCAAUAAUUCAGGGUCAAUUCUUUGGUCAUUUACAUUCGGAUUCGUUUCGCAUCAUAUACGAUGAUAAAGGCAAACCGGUUUCAUGGAUGAUGAUUUCGCCAUCGGUGACACCGAGAAAAAUGAGCAUCGGUUCUAACAAUCCAGCCAUGCGUUUGUACAAGUUCGAUACGGAUUCUGGUCAGGUGUUGGACUAUACACAAUAUUAUACGGACUUAAGUGCGGCAAACACAAAUGUCGAGCCUAACUGGGUACCCGAAUAUAACUUGACACAUUACUACGCUCUGACUGACAUUUCUGCAAUUUCGUUGCAUAAUUUCGUCGAUCGUUUUACGAGCGGCGAUGAAAGCUGGUUUCUUAAGUACUAUCGCGCGAAUACUGUACGCUAUCACAACGACCGGUGUGAUGCUGUUUGCAUGCUUAAUCACUACUGUGCCAUUACACGAAUAGAUUACAAGGAAUUUCGACAAUGCCUCGAAAAAGAGCAAAAUGCAUUACGUUCGAAAGCCAUUCGCUCGACGCUUGACCGUAAAAGUGUUUAUGUGUUGGCGCUGAUGCUCUUCGUGAUGAAUAUGAUGCGUAUACAUCGUAUACUAAGGUGGUUGGCCUGGAAUUACACAAAAGUUAUAACGACUUGUCAGCAAAGAUGUCAGCCGCUCUUGUUCGGUAUGAGACGACAGAAAUCCAAUGCAACUAUAACUAUAUCAGAAUUUCACAAUGCAUACAUGAAACCAAUGACUACAAUGGUAAAGAGAAUGUGCUUAAGGGUCGAUUGGUCGGACAUUCUGUCGAGUAGUUCGCAUAUGCAUUAUGAUAUAAAGACAAAAGAUUUUCUGGCUGAUAUAAAGUCUUAUAGAGUUGAAACGAUAAUAACGAUAACGGAAGCCGAUAAAACGACGACGAACGCUACUAACCUCGUCAAAGUUAGAACACAUACCUGUAAUUAUUGCCUGCAACAAAAACCUGAACAAAGUAAUGAUGUUACAGAACGAUUUAGUUCAAUAUCGAUCAAACCACGUUACACUAUGGCAGUGAUGGUGAUUUCAGCAAUUAGAGCAAUGUAUAGCAACAGAUUCAUCGGUAAUGCAUUAAUCAUUUUGAACAAUAACUUCAAUGGCUUUCAUUUUUCACGCUCGCCGCAACGGUGUAUGAAAUGCUUAUCACUUAACGCAUUCAUAAAGCAGAAUAGCAGGCAUCUCUCUUACCGGACCACACAAAUAAACGCACUCUUAAUCUCCUUAGAGUUCUUUUGUGUAAACAUUUAUUAUUCUCUUUACUUAACGAAAACAAAUACAAGAAUUUUUCAUCACAUCUUUUUAACAAAUAACUCAACGAAUUAGUUUAAGGUCAUUGCAACUCAAAGUGUGCUCCUUUUGUUUGUUUGUAUGUUUGUUUGGUUGUUUGUUCGUUUAUAUUUUAUAAGAUAAGCGCUUUAUUUUUCUAUUACAAAGUAGACCAUAUGUUAAUUUGUUAAAUCAUUAGAAUAAUGCCUAGUUAAAGAGAAAUUUCUUUGUUUUGUAUCGAUAUUGAAGUAAAAAAAAAUAAAAAUAAAAAAAAUAAAAAACAAAAAAAAGCCAAUAAAUCGUAAAAUAAGCAAAGGAAAAUUAUAUUCGGUUAUGGCCGAACCUGGCCAUUAUGCUCACCACCUUUAUUUUGGAGGGGGGCAAAAAAAAAAAAAAAAAGACAAAAGCAACGAAAAAUAAAAAAUUUUGAACACUUUAUUACCGUGGGUGGUGCUGAUCCAAAUUUUUCAUUUUCCAUGUCCAGGCACUAUAACUGAAAUACUUUGUGAAUAGCGACCAAGAACCCUAACGGGUGCGUACG